GACAGGGGGCGGUAUUAACGUGAAUACUGUGUUCUCAUUCAUACAGCGGGAAGACGCAGUAGGGCAAAGGGGCAGUGUCUACUAGAAUCGGGCAUAAACAUCACUAACAUAUACACGCUCCUUGACGAAAGAGCGUUUAUUUUAAGCAUCAAGCAAUCCUGAGUCACCGUCAUGGCAGAAGCGCACCAGGCUGUAGCCUUCCAGUUCACAGUUGGCCCCGAUGGCAUCGACCUCCAGCUCAGCCACGAGGCCCUCCGGCAGAUUUACCUCUCUGGCCUCCACUCCUGGAAGAAGAGGUUUAUUCGCUUUAAGAAUGGGAUAAUGACUGGCGUAUACCCUGGAAGUCCUUCAGGGUUCUUGGUGGUAGUGGUGGGGUACAUGUCUUCAACCAAGUAUGCACGUAUGGACCCCACACUAGGGCUGUUUGACAAACUGGGGAUGCACCUCCCAGUCAGUAGGUACCUGUCGGAGAACAGCCAGCGUGUGGUGGGAGGUGUGCUGGUUGGUACGGGGCUGUGGGUCACCAUUAUCUUCAUCAUGAGGAACGCUCUCAAAUGCCUGCUCUCCUGGCAUGGUUGGAUGUAUGCCCGUCAUGGGACGGUCUCCUGGAAAACACGGAUAUGGAUGGUGUUAGUGAAGGUGUUCUCUGGCCGAAAUCCGAUGCUCUACAGUUUUCAGAACUCUCUUCCACGGCUGCCUGUGCCCCCAGUGAAGGACACAAUGAGACGGUAUCUUGAUUCUGUUCGUCCACUUAUGGAUGACGAAAAGUACAAAAGGAUGGAGGGUUUGGCAAAGGAUUUUGAGAAGAACUUGGGCCCAAAACUGCAGUGGUACCUGAAGCUGAAAUCCUGGUGGGCCUCAAAUUAUGUCAGUGACUGGUGGGAAGAGUACAUUUACCUCCGAGGCCGUGGACCCAUUAUGGUUAACAGCAACUACUAUGCGAUGGACUUCCUGUAUGUCUUCCCUACCAACCUGCAAGCAGCUCGAGCUGGAAAUUCCAUUCAUGCCAUCAUGCUGUACAGAAGGAAGUUAGACAGAGCACAGAUCAAACCGAUUUACGCACUGGAAAACAGAGUCCCCCUCUGCUCCGCUCAGUGGGAGCGUAUGUUUAAUACCUCCCGCAUCCCCGGCGUCGAGACAGACAUCCUGCAGCACAUGAACGACAGCAAGCACAUCAUGGUGUACCACAAGGGGCGCUAUUUCAAGGUUCCCAUGUUCUACGACGGGCGGCUGCUCCGGCCUAGGGAGAUCGAGCAGCAGAUGGAACGCAUCCUGGGGGACAAGUCAGAGCCGCAGCCAGGAGAGGAAACGCUGGCCGCCCUGACCGCCGGGGACAGGGUGCCCUGGGCCAAAGCACGCUCAACGUACUUUGCCAAAGGCAAGAACAAGCAGUCCCUGGACUGCGUGGAGAAGGCCGCCUUCUUCGUAACCCUGGACGACACAGAACAGCGCUACGAAGCUGACAACCCCGUCCGCUCCCUGGAUCGCUAUGCCAAGUCUCUUCUACAUGGAAAGUGCUACGAUAGGUGGUUCGACAAGUCGUUCAACCUCAUCGUUUACAAGAAUGGGACAAUGGGGCUGAAUGCUGAGCACUCCUGGGCAGACGCGCCAAUCGUAGGCCACCUAUGGGAGCAUGUGCUGUCAAUGGACCCUGUGAAGCUGGGUUAUACAGAGGACGGGCACUGCAAGGGUGACCCCCACCCCAGCCUGCCAGGCCCCCAGAGGCUGCAGUGGGACGUCUCGGCUGAGUGCCAGACGGCAAUCUCCAGUUCCCUGGCCAUGGCGAAGGCACUGGCCGAUGACGUCGACUCGCACAUCAUCCCCUUCAGAAAUUUUGGGAAGGGGCUGAUCAAGAAGUGCAAGACCAGCCCAGAUGCCUUCAUCCAGAUUGCCCUGCAGCUGGCUCACUUCAGGGACAAGGGGACGUUCUGCCUUACAUACGAGGCCUCCAUGACGCGUCUGUUCAGGGAGGGGCGCACCGAAACUGUGCGGUCCUGCACGAUAGAGACCUGCGAAUUUGUUCGGUCCAUGAUGAGGGACGAGGCGAGGGAGCAGCGGUUGAAGCUGCUGAAGCUCGCAGCAGAAAAGCACCAGCAGAUGUAUCGUCUGGCCAUGACUGGCAAAGGCAUUGAUCGCCAUCUCUUCUGCCUCUAUGUGGUGUCCAAAUACCUUGGGGUUGAGUCUCCCUUCCUCAAGGAGGUACUGUCAGAGCCGUGGCGAUUGUCCACCAGUCAGACCCCCCUGCAGCAGGCCGAGCUCUUCGACCUCUUGAACCACCCAGAACGGGCCUCCAGCGGUGGUGGCUUUGGUCCAGUGGCUGAUGACGGCUAUGGGGUGUCAUAUAUCAUACUCGGGGAGAACCUCAUUAACUUCCACAUAUCCAGCAAGUUGUCCAGCCCAGAGACCGACUCGCAUCGCUUUGGAAGCAACAUCAAACAGGCCAUGCUUGACAUUCUGGGCCUUUUCCAGCUGGACAACAAUGCCAAGAAAUGAUCAAUCUCCAUAAGAAGGAAACGUUUUUGUCGCAGUAGACUCUAAAAAGCCAGUAAAUAUUAUUCUCUAUAGGCUUGUACAGAUGUUGUGGGUUUUAAUCUUGAAUUAAUACGGUAAAAAGAUAUAAAUAUGUAAAAAAAUAAAAUUAAGUUAGAGUUUGGAACUGCAGGCUGAAGGCAUGCGUGAGUCAUGUAUUUGGUUUCCAUAGGGUAAAAAAAGUAUGUUUGGUUUCCGGUUUCGGUCUGGUGCACUGAGAGGGACUGGUGUGGAUUUCGCACAGACCUAUCAUGCGGCCCCCUGCAUGCCGGUGCCAUAAUGGUUUUAUCCUCGAAUAUCAUGGGGAUGGUAAAGCACACAAGCAGGAGAGCAGUAUGGCCAGGAGAAGGAGGGCAGAAGGAGAUUUUGAGAGCAGCGUAGUAUGUGGUGACCUGUUUUUUUCCCCUUCAUUAUGACAUGUACAGUGACUUAGUUUGUUUUCUCUUGUUAGCUGCUAUAGUAAUUAAUAAUGCUUGAAGUUCAUUUUGUUCCCGUUUCCCCCCCCCCCCACCCUGCUCAGGUUUUCGACUUUUCUCAGAUGAAUGUUGCUAUACUGCUGAAUAGGCUCCGUUGCCAAGUCGUGUGCAGAUUGAGGACCUGUUCAGUGGGAUCUGUUGGUGGCAGUGGGAGUUGAGGGGGGAGGGGUUCUCGAAGGAGUCUCAGUGGCCAAAAGCGAGUCACAUUUGGGGGCUUGCCCAGAUUCAACCUAUAGGCUGCUGGGGACAUAUUUGGCAUUAAUAUUGCAGGACGGUCCUGCUUCUCAUAACUACCACCAGUCCACUAGUCCACCAACAUAGUCAGUGUAUGUCUGCGGGAUGCUGGGAGACUGAGCCGCCCCCGAGGGCGAGCGCCAUCUCGCUGGUAAGCUAACCUUCUGAGGGCCGCGAAAACCUGACAGUGCUCAGUGACAUGCCAUUUUUAUAAAUCCCGAAUAACCUGAGGCAAACACUUAGAUAGCCAAACCGCGUGCACAUACUACAGAAGCAUUUUCUUUGUUGUGAAAUGGAACUUUUAACAGGUUAGUUCAUUAAAUGGGAGGACCUUUGGUCUGUCCCGUGCAGCAUCUUUCUAUAUUAAUUUACUGAUAUCAUGUUCUUUAACCAUUUACAUUUACUCAUGUCAGCCUGCUUCCAGAUACGGUUUUUAGUAACGUGGUCCUCUGUGCCUACCGUUAUCGUGUGGCUGUUCCGAAUCCUUUGCGAUUGGACUGUAAAACUGCAGUUAUGUAUGUAUUUUAUGAUUAAAAAUAAUAGGAUAUUUGAAACCUCAAUGGAAACUUUUGUUUUCAUGUUUGUAUUGCAUUGUCCUGCAGACUUCAUUUGUAGCAUGGUUUUGUUUGAAUGUUCAAGCUGUAUAUGUUGGUAUAUAAUUUAAAAAAAUGUAAAAACAGCUGAAAUACCAAAAUGAACAUUUUAACAAAAUAAAUGUCAUUGUCAGAGUUCACCCUU